CCAAUUUUUGGAAUGGGGGGAAACUGGGGAGACUGGGAACUGAACUGCCGAAGACUCCAACCAACCGUCAAUUAACAGCCGUCACAGCUCAUCACUCGCACAACCGAAAAGAAGAAAGUAGAAAUCUUGUUGAAAAAAGAGAAGCAAAAAUUUGAUCUUGGUCUUACUUUUUUGUCUUUUACCAGACCCGACUAGCAGCAAGACAGAUUAUUAGUCUUGAAAACUACCCAAAAAGAUAGAAUAAUCUUUCUGGGUUGUAGUUUUUUUGAUCAAGAAAUGGUGAAAAUCCUGGAUGGUGCUAAUGUGCUGGAAGAAAUGAAUUAUGGGUUGCUGAAAGAUCUUAGAGUAGAAUUGAAAGAUUCUGAUACAGAAGAAAAUGGGGCUUUCUGUUUUUCUUUCUGGCUUUACCUCGCUAACUAUGGUUCUCCCCUGCCCUGCGGAAUUCUUCACCAGGAGCACAUAGAUAUAAAUUCUAGUGUACCUUUUCUUCUGUUGAAUGAGAAGAAGAAAAUGAUGCUACUUCCUGUCAUUUUUCUACAUAAAGAGGCUUCCAUGCUUGUUGGUUUGAAUCCUUUGACAGAAGUCCCUUCCGUUGUUACCCAAUUUGAUAUUCCUUUGAAGAAAUGGGUUCAUGUUGGAUGUGAGGCCUCACAAAAUAGUUUACGACUUCGUGUUAAUGGGGAGAUUGUAGGAGAGAAACAUUUGUCGCCUGUUCUAAACGAUGAAUUGCAUGCAGACGGCAUGAAAAGAAGAGCUUUGCCUUGCAUCAUUGGAGAGUACCAAGGAUUUCAGGGUUAUGUUCAUUUUGCAAAAUUAUCACCUUCAGGACUACCUUUAAAAACUCACUGCAUUGAG